ACGAUGAUGAUCUCUGAUCUUCCAAACGAUUUGGAAUCCGAAAUACUCUCUAGAGUUCCUACCAAGUCUCUAGCAAAUUUGCAAACUACUUGCAAACGAUGGUACACUUUACUCAAAGAUUCCUACUUCGUUAAGAAGAACUUUGGUAAAGAUGCAAGUAAGUUGAUGUUAAUGAGUAAUUUUAGGGUUUAUUCAAUUAGUGUCGAUCUCCAUGGAAUCCACAAUAGCGUUGAACCAUCUAUCGAAUUUCCGGGUAAACUUAGCCGUCUAAAAGACUCAAAAGAUUUGGAAAUAUCUUAUAUAGUUCACUGUGACGGUUUGAUGUUAUGUUCUAAUGAGGGAUACACUAGACUUGUGGUUUGGAACCCCUGUACCGGUCAAACCCGGAGGAUUAAACCGAGAACUCGUUACCGGAGUAAAGAUUGCUAUGCGCUAGGAUACGUAAAGAGCAAGAAAUCAGGCCAUAGCUAUAAAAUCUUAAGGUCUUGCAUUUACCAAAUUGACCAGGAACAAUUUGUAUCUGAGUUUGAGAUAUAUUACUUUAGCUCUGAUUCUUGGAGGGUUCUUGAUCACUUCACCCGUGACUACAGCCUAUAUUGCGACGGCAUGUCUUUGAAAGGAAAUACUUACUGGGUUGCCCGAGCCGAAGAAACCGGAUUUUUCAUAUUGUACUUUGAUUUCACAAAGGAGAUAUUCGGGCGUUUUCCUCUUCCGUUUCAGAGUGUUAAUUCCAAAGAUACCGCGGCUCUAUCAGUUGUUAAGGGAGAAAAAAUCGCGGUGUUACAUCAGAAUUUUCUUGAAGUUUCAAAUGUGAUGAGGAUAUAUUUGACCAAUAAGAUUGAUGAGUCCAUAGAGUUGUCAUGGGGAAAAUUUGUCUUAGCAGUAGACUAUGAUAGAUUUGAUUUACCGAGUGUGGUGAAUGUGUCAAGCUUCUUGUUGGACGAGGAGAAUAAAGUGGCAGUGUGUUCUGAUGUUGGCUCGGAUGGUGAUGAAUAUAAGACCAGAAUCUAUGUUGUUGGAGAAGAUAUAUACAAAGAAGUCUACAAAGAGACUACAAGACCACGUUCCAAAUAUUGGCCAGUACUUCUUCUUAGUUAUGUUCCAAGUUUAGUGCACAUUAGCAAAUAUAUACACAAGAGCUAGGCGAAAGAAAAGGACAUCAAGGGAGGUUGA